GCAAACAAGACAGUCCGGUUUUCUUGUUUAUUCCUUUUGACCAAAGUUUUGGUGUGGAGUAAUUCCAUUGUACCUUUUCAAUGUCUUCUCAACAGUCGGAUACAGAUACUUUGAGAGCUUCCCCACUGUUUAAUUGGGCUAAAAUUGGUCUACUUUGUGCUCCAAAGAGUCAAGAGCCCCGAGGCCAUCUAUACAUCAUCUCAGCAAGACAUCCGCGAUUAAGUACUCAUUUUUCUCAAUAUCCCCUUGAUGUCUUGGUGUCAACUUGACCACAUGACUUCUUAGGGUUUGGUUUUGAUUGGUCCGCGCGUGCCCGAGGGGAACUUUCCGACCAAUCAUAUCGAGGCUUUUGCAAGUCAGCUGGUCGAGCGCGCACGCUGGUUGGUGGAGCGCAGUUUGCGAGCUAUUAUAAGUGUACUGAGGCAGCGCGAGUCAGCCUGUUGGAAGUUGUUGAGACGUGACAGUAUAUGAAACAGCUCGCGGUGGAUGGUUUACGAUGAGUUCUCCUAAGGGACCCGUUGAAACGACAGCUCAAGAAAAAUCGGACUCGGACAGCGAGGAAAGUCAAAAGCCGAAAGAUAUGACCACUGACCCUGGACAUAAAGUGAAGAAGACUUACCUCCCGUUCAGCGUUGAAUCCCUGAUGGCCAAAUCCAGCUGCCAGGUCGCGUGUUCUCCGGCUCUCCAGCACCAGAGACUGGGAUUGGGACAGGACUUAGUACGGACUUACUUUGUAGAGAAAACCAAAGUUUCUGUGGACACUUUGUCAAGCGUUUCGGACAGCCUGAACGAUGACAGUGAAGAUUUAAGCGAUAAGGAACAGAGCACUUGGCCAAACUCCUCGUCUUUCACAUCUCCUCCUCGUCACCCGAGCCCGACGCCGUGCACCUUACGCAAGCACAAGACGAACAGGAAGCCGCGCACACCCUUCAGCACCUCCCAGCUGCUCUCGCUCGAGCGCAAGUUCAGACAGAAACAGUACCUCUCCAUCGCCGAACGGGCCGAGUUCUCCAACUCCCUCAACCUCACCGAGACUCAGGUCAAGAUCUGGUUCCAGAACAGGAGGGCGAAGGCCAAGAGACUUCAGGAGGCCGAGCUGGAAAAGUUCAAAUGCGCCUCCAAACCGCUUCUGGCCCCGUUCGCGCUGCCCUUCCCUCUGGGAUCUCCAUCAUCUCUGUAUGGACCUCCAGCCUCAUUCCCACGGCCCGUACCGAUGCCAGGACUAUUUAACGGACCCGUGUCCUAUGGGAUGUAUUAUUUGUCAUAAAAAAAAAAAAAACUUUUACCUGACGGCUUCUUCCACUCUGAAAUGAUUUGAGAGACUAAAGUUUACACAUGAAUCACAGGGAAAAUUAGGCUACUAUAAUAGUACUGUAAUACUAUCAUUUACAUGAUUGUUCUUGUUAAUUGCACAACUAAGUGCUGAAUAAUACUAAGGAACAACUUGUAAUUAUUUUCCGAUUCUUGCUCACGGUUAUAGUAGCCUGGUUAAUUCUAGUAUUGUCGGUAAUGUCAUAUUUUAACCCAAUUCCCUAAAGCCACAUGAUGGAAGUAAGCUGCUGUAUUGUAUAUGGUCGUGUUUUAUUCUUUGUGUUGUAUACUGACGUGCUCUUGUAGAGCAGGUAGAUGUGUAACUCUUUUAAGAUCAUCUGACACGGAUGUUAUCCGGCAGAAGAAGUACUUAUUGGCCUUAUGUUGGAAGUGCCUUGAAAGACCAAAUAUUUAUUAGUCUAAAAUAAAAAAAAAAAAAAUUCUUUCUUAAAUAUAAACUUUUCUCUUUUGUU